CGGUGCUCAAACAUGGGGCGGGCCCACAUGGCCUAGCGUAGCCGCAUCGCCAACCAGGGUUCUGUUAGCUUUGUUUGCACGAGCCACCGCCCCAACUUUCUGGCCAGACAGCAGCGCCGUCUUGACACACGACACAACCAGUACGACUUCUCCCGAACCUCGCCCUGCUCCGAUCCCUUAUACCCAAGAACCUCUGCCAUAUCCUCAGAAUCGCGCCGAGCUUCCUGCCUGCGACAGGGCAUUUUCCGGCGGUAAGCACGCCGUAUAUCGACGACAAAGCGGCGCGAACGAGGCAAACCACACACCAUGGGCGGCUAUAUUUCUAAAUUCUCGGGACUGAUUUGGGCAAAGAAGGAGACACGGAUACUCAUCCUGGGACUUGACAACGCUGGCAAGACGACCCUGUUGUACAGGCUGAAGAUUGGCGAAGUAGUCACGACAAUACCGACCAUAGGGUUCAAUGUCGAGUCAGUAACAUACAAGAACCUGAACUUCAACGUCUGGGAUCUUGGAGGCCAGACUUCGAUCCGUCCAUACUGGCGUUGUUACUACGCCAACACCGCCGCCGUGAUUUUCGUCAUCGACAGUACCGAUAUUGAUCGUUUGUCAACGGCGUCAGAAGAGUUGUCCGCCAUGCUAAAUGAGGAAGAACUCCGAGACGCUGCACUGCUCGUUUUCGCGAAUAAGCAGGACCAACCUGGUGCCAAGGGAGCUGGCGAGAUCAGCGAGGCUUUGAGAUUAGGAGAACUCAAAGAUCGUAACUGGAGUAUUGUCGCAUGUAGUGCGGUUGAUGGCCGAGGUGUGGACGAGGGCAUGGACUGGCUUGUGUCCAAUGUAAACAAUGAUAACUAGACCGCUGGUCGGUAAGAUUUGCAAGAUGGACGAUGGAGUAAUGGCAGCACAGGUUUUUCAAGAGAAGGAAUACUAGCAUCCUGGCGUUAGGCGUCCGAACUGUGUAUACGCAUAGGCAGCAGGUGGCAUGCAAUAUGACUAUUGAGACACGCACCACCUUGCAGGACCCCGAGUUCAUCAGUUGCGGAUCCCUGGUGCAUGAAUUAAACUCUUCUCUUGAACUCACUCAAGGCAACAGUUCCUCUGACCAAACGGGAUAGCUACACUAGCGCUGACGUCAGGGUCCGUGCUAUGUUCAAGCUUCGUCGUGGCUUCGUCAAUCCCAUCUGAAUCACAAUCCUUCCAA